AUGGGCUGUGUGGGUUAAAAAUAGAAUCGAAAUCAAUAACAAAAUAAAUUUCCAUUACAUCGGCAAUCAAUCUCAGUUUCACAUUCAAAUCGAAAAUUUUGUAUUGAGUCGCCAUUUUCGACUGAUCCUAAACAAUAAAUUUAGCUAUAUAGAUCCAUCGACAUCACAAAGGAUGAGGAAUUUAUUUUAAAGAGUGAUAAGAAGUUCAUCUCGAAAAAUCAAGACUCUCCAACCACAACUCCAAAGUUUAAUCAAAAUCUUCAAUUUGCCUUAGGAAAUCGUAAAAAUAAAAUUGUUCUGUGA